AUGAAUCCCCGUCGCAAAAAGGACCCACCAAACCUUGCUACCUCAGCGAUGAAACCCCCUUGUUCCCCUCAAGGUGGCCGAAUGCUUGCUAAACAGGCCCGGACUUUAACAGAGUCCCCAUUUCAGGCUGCUGCUCCAAGGCGAACCAGAAAACGAAAGGUAACGGGCUCUCAGACUUUGGCCUCCACUAUAGAAACCGCCGACUUUGCCGAGCCACCAGCGAGGAAACCAGCCCCAGCUGACUUCGCUAAGAAGCUGGAAGCCGAGACGUCUCGGAUCCCUGUUUCAGUCCCCGAAAAGGAAAAGCGAUCUCGCAGAUGGCGUAACUCACCCCCUAUCAGUUACAUAGAACGUCUUCGCCGAAUCCAAAAGACAAAAAUGUUCGUCGUGGGCCAAGAGGUUGGCGGCACCAAAGAGGCCCCGAAUUUUGUUUUCGAUGUCGUUGGUUCCACCGGAAACAUCUAUAAAGUCACAAUCGACAGGGACCCCGUUUGCGACUGCCCUGAUGGUGCGAAAGGCAACCAGUGCAAACACAUCUGCUAUGGUGAGUCCUACGCUGGCAAGAUCAUGAACCUGCUGCAUCAGCUGAAGAAGCCCUUGCUACUUUAUUAUUAUGAUUUAUUUUUACUGAUAGCAUGCCAAGUUCUUCUCCAUGCUCUCAAGGCCCCUAGACAUCUCCAAUACCAACUUGCUUUCCUGUCCUCGGAACUUUGCACCAUGUAUGAGGGAUCUCCGUUAAGCCAACUCCAUGCCGCCUCUGCUCAACCCAACGAGGAUGGCUCGCGCAAGCCGGUGGAGGGAGAUUGCCCUGUUUGCUUCAUGGAAUUCAACACUGGCGAUGAAACUGUCUGGUGCAAGGCCUCGUGCGGUAACAACAUCCACAAGAAAUGCUUCGAGAAAUGGGCCGCUGCUUCGCGAUCCUCGGGAAAUGUUCGCUGUGUUUACUGCCGCGCAGACUGGGAGCAGGAUAGAACCAAUAUUGACGUCUCCUCUAUUCGAAAGUCUGGCAAUCCGAACGAGGAAGGGUAUUUCAAUGUGGCGGAGCAGUUUGGUUUGUCUGGUGAACGCGGUACGGCUCCAUCCUUGUAUUUUAACCCUGUCCUCUCCAACUUGAUAACGUUCUAG